AAGUUGGAUCCAGUGGGCUAACGGUUCGCACUCUGCGUUGAUUGUGCGCUGAGCGGUGGUGCUGUGCGAAAAAGAAACUAUGUUCUCCGUGUAUUAUUUGUAGCAGCGGUGUUUCAGGCCGUUUCCAACGAAGAACAUAUCACUGAGUUCCACAUUACUGUUAAAUGCUUAUUCUAUCCAGGUAUAAAUUGAGAGCGGCUUUAUCCUACCGGUUGUUGAUCAACAAGUGGGUGUUAUUUUUACUUUAAAGCGCUCUAAAAAAACCAGUGAUAAUCCUAAAUCGGAUAGAUCAUCAUGACACUUAUGUGUAUCGACCGAUCACAGUCUCCAACGCACAAGGGAAACUUCCUGCAGGGCGGGAAAUCAUCUGUGAGCAAUAUCAACAACAAUCAACACAAUGCCAACCAUCGAAGGAACUCUUGUAGUCCGCCUCUAUCCAAGAAUGUCUGCAACCAGCAACAACAGCAGCAUGAUAUCCCCGCCAAGUCAAACGCCAACUCGGAUUCUAGAAAGCUGGAGAGGAGUUGCAGUGAAUCGGGCACGGACAGGCGAGUCGUACAGUCCAACUCGAGCCGCUACAAGACAGAACUUUGCAGGCCGUUCGAAGAGAAUGGAACUUGCAAAUAUGGUGACAAGUGCCAAUUCGCCCACGGGAGGAAGGAGCUGCGUACCUUGAUCCGACACCCCAAGUACAAAACAGAACUCUGCCGUACCUUCCACACCACUGGCCUGUGUCCCUAUGGUCCGAGAUGCCACUUCAUUCACAACAGCGAGCAGAACAAGAAGACGCUCCUGACGACUCUCACUGCACCCACAUUGCCCAGGCAGGAAGAUCCCAGACCCAGCCUCGGAUCCGAUGGAGAACUGUCACCUCCAUCCAGCCAUGGUGGGUCCCCAACAGAAACAAAAAGUUUUGACGACAUUUUCCAGCAAACGACACCUCUGUCUCCGUGCUUCAACAAUGGGUUUUUCAAUCAGGAUGCCCUUCUGAACUUCCAGAGGUUCAUCGACUUUGGUGGCUUCGACUGCAAGAUGGAUUUCUACGAUUCUGUAAAUGGCUUCAAUGAUAAAUUCCUUUCCAACAACAAUAAUUACCAUAAUGGACCCGUUUUGGACUUGCAUCCCGUUGGUCCACUUACACCAACUACUCCACUCGAUACCAACGUCGGUUUCUUCCGACUUCCUAUAUUCGAUGCCUUUCAGAAAGUAUAAGCGACUUAUUUAAUCUGUUGCCUAGAGGAGAUUUAACUUAAUUUUAAAGUAUUAUUAAAAUUUUUGUUAAAAUUGUAAUCAAAAUUUCAAGGAUUACUACUCCAUUUUUUCACACAUGUUUAAUGAUGAAACGAUUCUUAUUUAGAACUAAUUUUAUUAAAAUUGGAUGUUUAUGACGAGCGAUUCGUAUUUAGAAUUUAUUUAAUUAUAAUUGGAUGCUUACAAAAAUUAAAAAAUAGUUAAGAUAUAAUUUUGAAUUUAAUAGACAUUGCAACAAAUUAAGGUGCUUAAGCUUAAAAUUCCAAAUAAGUUCAGGCUUGCCUGCAGUCGUCUAUGGAUAAUUUAAAAACGAAACAUUUAUUUUCAAAUUAUUUUUAUUAUCUUCUAUUUGCUUCACAAAAAAUUAAAUUGUUUUAAAAGUUAGACUUUAUAGAUGUUUUUUACUAAGCCUAAUUACAUAGAAUCUUUUUAUUAAGCCUAAUUAUUAGAAAUAUAAAUAAAGCAGCCAUCAUAUCGAAUGCUUUUACCCACAUGCCAAUUAUAGCUAAAUAUGGAAUUUUGCCGCGUGAAUUCACUAUGAUCUCAUUCUUCUUGUCAUAAUUUUUUAGUUUUUCACUGGCAGAUUCUAUUUUUUGGCUCUGUUAUUAAUAAUAGCAAACUUUUCAUUACAAAUUUGUUAUUUCUCCUCUGGGCAAACGAACUCAGAUAAGACAGUUUACAAUCAUAUUUCUAAAAAGUUUUAUAUUUAAAAUGAAAAAAAAAAUAUAUAUGGUGUGUGUUGGUUUUAAAUAAGUUUCAAUAUUGCUGUCGUAUGAUAUUCAAAUUAUAUUUUUAUCGGUAAUGAACAUUAUUGUAUCGUGAAAAAUGUUUGAAGCUUUGAUCUUACCCCUUUGUUGCAGUGUUAUCUGGGCAAAUUUGUGGUAGUCAUAUAUUAUAUUUUACAUAUUAUAUAUUUAUUUGAUUUGCAUUGUAAAGUAGGUCAUUCUAUAAAUAUUUUAUUCUGUGGAUGUACGUGCUUGUGAGCUGUUGUAAAUGAGAUGAUGUUUUUGAUGUCAUAGAUAAUGCUUUCUUAACUUGUUUUAAGUGAUGAAAGGUCAUAUGCAUGCAUAAUUUAGAGAUGAAAAAAAAUCAUUUUUAUUUGUGUAGUCAAUUCCUACGAUAAUCUUGUCCAAGUAUAUGAAACUAAUUUCUGGACUUGAUUGGAAUCCGCCUUCACUUUAUCAUGUAUUUAAAUAUUUAUUUAUUUUAAACUAUUACUUUAGGUAUCUAUUAAGAAGAUUUUAAUGCUUAUUAUUUAAACUUGCAUGUCCUUGUGAUCAUAACCUUUGUAUGUUCGAUAGAUAGAUGUUGUCUGCAUUUAAUUUGUUUUCAUGCUGUUUUGAAAUCAUUAACUGCACAAUCCGAAAGGGAAUCGUUACCAGUGAUAAUUUAUGUUAUUUAAUUUCCCUUUUUUGUGUUCGUAAUUAUUUAAGAAUUACCUGUAAAAGAACGAGAAGGCACUAGUUUUCUUUGCAAUAUGUUAACUUUUGUGUUAACCUCUUUUUUUUUAUUAUUAUUAUUAAAAACAGAUGUUUUAUAUUUAUUAGUUAAAUUUGUGCUUAUGUUUUUGAAAAAUGUAUGAUCAGUUAUCAGUUUUUCUCUGACAUUAUUUUUAUGAUUAAAAUAAAUUAAUAGUUUUUCUUUGUUGAAUUUCGCACGUAUAAUAAUCAAAGUGUCUUAACUACGAACCUCAUAUGCAAAAUAAUAAUUUAUAGUAAUUAAUCUAUUUUGCACUAUUACUUUUAAUGAAUAUGUGUGUGUUUUGUAUGUUUUUAACUAAAUUUUAAAUAAAACGAUUUUCGCCACAAAAAAAAAGCUACAUAUAUUAAUCGAUACACAUUUUUUAAAUUAAAAUCUUUUUCAUAAUUCCUCAUUUUAAAUAACCAUUAAUCAAUUAAGAAAUGUAGAAUUAUUUCCAAAUAUAUAUCAGUAAUAUUGUGUGUUUAUCCUUAGUAUGUAUAGAAAAAUAUGAGUUUCGAUUUACCUUUGAUAUUUUCUGUGCAUUAUCUGAAAUUUUAUAACAUAGCCUUACUGAUAAGUUUUUUUUAUAGCUAGAUACUUGAGAGUUACGUAACGCUGUGUUUUUUUUUAUGCAUAAAUUAUUGUUUAUGCUCUUAAUUUUAUUGCUGAAUAUCAAACUUAUUAAAUUGUUUAUUUGAUAAAAUUUUAUCAAUUUGGUAUAAUUUAAUAUUUUAUUAUUGUAAUUAUUAUUAUGAAGCCGUUACUUUAACUCUCAGGUAUGCCUUAUUUAAAUUUAUUAUAUAGUAUUUAUGGAUAUGAAAAAGAUGUCUAUCUAUUAUGUAUGUUAUGUGUGUUAUUUUUCGUGAUAUGCAAAAAUGCGAAUGCCUUACAACCAUGGUGUCUAUGAAAAUCAAGUGCCUUUAAUUUAUGGGACCAAAUUCGUGUUCCUGUGUUACUGUGUGUGACAUAGCAUUUUAAAAAAUGUUUACAACAUUCCCGUGAAUGCAGAGUGUAACUUUCAAUCAUAUUUUACUGCCCGUUUGCUACAAAAUUCGAAUUUUAAGUACACUUUGUUGUGUACUAUAGCACAAAAUGAAAGAGUGGGCAUUUUUAUUGUGAAUAAAGUAUAAAUUAUUAAAUAAAGUGAGAUAUCUCA